UGUUGCGACAGAGUCCAGUUGAGGUAAGUCUCUUUCUCUCUCCCUCUGUGUGCUUCCGUUAUUGCGGCUUUGUUUCUAAAUGAAACGCUUCGUCCUCGGAACAAUAAUGACAAUUUAGAACUAAACUGAAAGCAACCCUUGUAGUCCAAGCUGACGAUCACGUCGUUUAAUCCUGAAUGUAUCCAUGGCAAGCGGCGGCAGAGGCUCGUGCAGGGCCUGGGCGAGAUAGCCAGCGAAACAAAGUGCAAAAUCGUCAUUAGUAAUGCGUCGGAACCUGAUAUUCAUCUCUACGGAGCGUUUGACUCCACCGAAACCGCACGCGUACGCUCCCUCGUGUUGCUAGAUCAAAUGAUGGGCUUGUGCACGGACACGCUGGACAUACCCUACUACCUCCACAACCUCAUCGCCGGACGCAAGCACAACUACCUCCAGUCGAUCAUGGAGGAGACCGCAACCAACAUCUAUCUUCAGUCCGCGUUUACAAAGAUCGGGUGCACUCAGCACAUGGCCACACCCGUGGGCGAGCGAUCCGGUACGAUCCACCUGACUGGCGAGCUGAAUGGGAUUGCCCGCGCAAAGGAAAUGAUCAACAAGCUCCUGAUACGCAAGAGCAAAUCCAUGUAUCACAAGCAAUCGACAAUGCAUCCUCGGAAAUUGGACUGGAUUCUUUUACAUCGGCAGGAGCACGUAUGCAAAAUCUCGAGAGACAAUGGCUCAUUUAUUGCUUUUCCUGCAUUGGGCUCUGGCAGCAACACUGUGACGGUAUACGCUGAAAAUAGAAUCAACGCUGAACGGACCCUGCGAUCCCUUAACCAUCUGGCUUACAAAAUAUACGAAGUGUCGUUCAAUGCAAAGUCCAAAGGCGAAGGCGCUCCAAAUGCUGAAGACUAUGUCCAAUUAUCCACUUCCCCCGAAGCUUUAGCGCAGCUUGUCGGUAAAAUUUCGCAAACAUCAGGUGCUGAGCUGAGUUACCGAAACGAUACUGGUCGAUUCGAAGCAUUCGGGACCGAACAAGCGGUCCAAAGCGCAUACCGCAUUCUAGCGACUAUCCCUGUUCUCAAGCUGCAUCAUAGCUUAAGCGUGUUCGCAGUAGAGCUUGCAGCCGACCAACGGGAGUUUCUAAGCGGCAAAAAGAACGGCAAAGUCAACAAGAUCAUGAAAACCUGCGGUGUACGCAUCAAGUUCCUGGCCUUUAACGAGUACAAUUUUGUGAUAACUAUCGAAAGUGAAGACACUGACAAGGCAUUAGAAGGGCUUGCAAUGCUACAGGACGAGCUUCCGGCAGAGACAUCGUUCUUCGUACCCGAAAUAUACCAUCGUCGCAUCAUCGGGGUCGCAGGCAAGAACAUACAGCGUGUGAUGAAGCGGUUUGGCGUCUAUGUCAAGUUCUCGGGUGCGGAAGAAUUCACGUCCCUGGGCGGCUAUUUUGAAAACGAACACAACGUGGUAGCACGAACGCCCACCAAAAACCGGGCGAAUCUCGAUAAUUUAAAGGCGGCAGUGAUGGAGUUUGUAACGUUUCAAAAGGACCGCGACUUCAUCACAAACACUAUUCAAAUACCCUCGCAUCUGCAUCGCGACAUUUCAACACACCAUGGGUCAGAAAUUCGAGAGACCGGUCGUUUACAUAAUACACGUGUUUGGUGGCCCGAGCGCGUGGGUACCGACGAGGUGCUGGUGGUCGGACCCGCAUCGCAUAUUGCCACGACGCUGCAGCUCAUCAACUCAAUCAUUACGCGCGAAGCAUACAUUGUAAUUCCAUCGACGGAUGCCUCACGAGACUUACUAGCAAGCAGAGUCGGCGUUGUUAAGAGGCUUGCGGAUAAAAUACACCGGGAACUGGAAGUGCAUGUGCUUAUACCCAAUACGAACGACGAUGAAGAUGUUGCCAUGUCAAACAACGUCUACUGGAUGCACAACCACAGCAGCAUGCACGUCGUUCGUCUUCGAUACCAGCAAUCGCACGAGCAACAUCUCGCAACUGCCAAGGAAAUGCUUCUAGCCUUUUUCAAAGAGCACGGAGUCCCGGUCAAAGCGAAUUUCUGGAAGCCUGAAGAUCUUUCGCCCGGUCUCACCUCACCCGCGUCCGGUGAUUCGUGCUUGAACAUUGACCAGGAGGCACUCGCAUCAAUACCGUCGCCAACACCUGUUACAGUCGAUGACAUGAGCAAGCAACGCGACUACAGCAUGUUUGAUGCACCACCAACUUCUUUCUCGGCCUUUGACGGUGCCUCUUGGUCAGUUUUCCCAGAAGGGAAGAGGAGUAACGCGGGUGAGCCACCACUGUCGCUCAAAGAUGAUCCGCUUCGAGCGAUUUUUGAAAAAAUGCCAAGCUCACCACUGCACGGCACCAGAGAAAAUGGGAAUGUGCAUCCGCUUGACAGGUCGAUCUCUGAGAACCCCGCCCGACGACAAUCGUCUGCAGCGGUGAUUUCUGCAUCCAUGCCAGGCAAGAACAUUUGGGCUUCGCCAAGACUGCAGGCCAGUAUUGUAAGUUGUUUGACUCGUAUACCACACCGUCGCAACUCUUCCUUUAUGAUUUGUCAUACUAACAAGGGCACACAUUCAAUCAGUCCUAUUCCCCACGGAGCCAUCAAGGUCCUAAAUAUACCUCCUUGAGCGGCGGUAUCACUACUAGUACUACUACUACCUCCACCUCCACCUCCACCACACGUGACACCUAUGGGGCAGAUACCAGACGCUUUAUGGCGCCACCCAGACCAUAUACCUCAUUCUCAGCGACGACUCUGUCAGGACAGAAUCAGCGCUCAGGCUACCAUCAAUCUAUGCCUGACAUUCUUUUUGGAAGAGAGCUCUUUACAAAUCCGUAUUUGGCUAAUCUCCCUACACCUCCACACUCUACGGGUGACCACAUGUUUAACAGCAGCAACAGCAACAGCAACAACAAUGGUGGCGGUGGCCCGCCUGCUUCCUCCAGCUGGUCCCAUCACCAACUACCCACCCCACCACCAUCUUCUACCCUGCCUUACGGUCCCAAUAGCCAUCUGCAUUAUCGAAAGAUCGAGAAAACUGCCAAUACUG